CGUUUGAUGCGGUUUUUCAUUUUAAUUUGGAAAUGAAUUGUGGCUAUAAAAAUUAAUCGUUUAUCAUCCAGUUUAAACGACAUGAACUCAAGUUUCAUUUAAUUACGCAGUACUAUAACGUUUUCUCAGUCCGAUCCGACAUCAUGAAAAGGUCACUGCCUUAUAUGUUUUAUGGAUCUGUUGUUUUUACGAUAUUAACGCAAGUACACGGGGUAAAGCGAAUAUGGAAGCCACGCAAUGAUUUCGACAGCGUGAGAUCAUGGAGUAACGGACAAUCUCCAUGUUUUGGAGACGAAGCAACGCUGGCGGAAAACAGUGUCAUGCUGCUGGAGAAGUAUCACGCCUUAUCGACACUGAAUCUGCCAGCUGAAGGUGAAUUGAUUAUGGCCGAAGGAAGCGUUUUGGAGAUUGUCGACGUUGCGUCGUUUACACAGCAACGAGACAAAUAUCUGGCGCGACAAGCUGAUCCGGCUCCACCAGCUUCCUGUAGGCAAAAUUCGGGUCCGAAGAAGGUUUCGUCCAUGGUCACAAGCAACAGCUGGUAUGAUCCGAAAAACUGGAAACUGGAUGAAGACGAAAGCAUCGCCAGCGGAUCGUACAGUGUGCUGGAUUCGGAGCGCAUUCCUUGCAAUGGCGACGACGUGUACUUCCCAUCUGGUCAUACCAUCCAAAUUACGAUGCCGUCAACAUUGCUGAAGCCCAUAUAUCUGCGAACAUUCAAAAUUGGAUCCUUGUCGAUUAAUCAGGACACUAUGGGGGAGUAUUUUUCCAAACCGGAAGUUUCUCUCAUGUUUUCCACCGACAACGAGAGCAAUCGGUCCAUUGCGGCCGCUCUGGCGAAAGAUUCGGAUACGGAGAAAAUGGGAGUACCGUUCAUGAAGAUUGGUGAAGAUGAACUGGCGCCGGUCUGUGAUGUGGAAUACGGAUGCAAAUGUGGGAACGAUAGACGAGAGAUUAUGGAAAAGAUUUGUCCAUUUCUGCACGAGGAAACCAACAAAACAGCCCACAUCUCUUGUGCUAAACCAGUCUACGCUGUAGGAAAAUGCCAGCCAUUUUGCGGUGCAGUGGUGACAUUUUUACCGAAACAGAUGUAUCCAGCGCUCCACCAAGUGGACAACAUUCUGCGGCAGUUACCAUCCGGAUACAAAAAUUCACUGGACAUCCACACGACGGUGAUGGACGAUUUAUCGAUCCAGACGGUAUUUAUGCACUCUCGACUGAUCGACUGGGAAGACAAUGAACCCACCUAUACGGCAGCGGCAGCUGCCUAUUCUUUCUUUGACAAACUCAAGAAUGGCACUGAACCCGGCGAAGUCAGUUUUGUGGAUGAGAACACUUUAGUUUUAGUGGUAUCCGACACUCCCAAGGCAUCUGCCUCCGUAUCACAAGCGCACACAGCAUCAGCGUCCAAAAGCGGGAUUGUAGCGGCUGUUGUAGCAACGGUGGUGAUCGUCAUCGCCAUAAUUCUUACUGCACUUUUUGUGCUUUGGCGGAAAAGGCGUGGACUGGGAUUUGGAUUUCGCAGUCUGGAAUCCGAUGCCAACCGCGAUACUCUGGAAAUGGAGGGAGCUGACUUCCAAAAUCCUUUGUUCCAUGCCGGUACGGCCAGUUUGACCCUGCGGAGUAAAAGUGGCAGGGCGCGGCGCAAAGGUGACCGCACGCAACUGUUGGAAGACGAUACAAAUGGUUUGUAUGAUGUUGACGAGCCGGAUUUGUAUCCAGGAGAUCAUUCCGAAUGGCAGUCAACUUCCACUUUCGGCCCUUACUCCGAACCAACAUCGGAAGCAGAAACAGAGUUUUCCUCGCGCACUCUUUAAUAUGGUUUGUCUUUUUUUUAAUUGUUAGUGAAUAUAGGAGUACUGUAUAAUAAUUCGACAACAACACAUGGUUUUCACUUGCAGCGUUAAAUUCAAUCGAAAAAACUGUCCAGAUACUAACCGAAAUACUGUGUUGUGUUAUCUCCAUUUACAGUAAUAAAUUAUUUGCAAUUGUUGCGAGAAAAUCUGAUUGACUUUAAAAUCUGCAAGUACUGUGGGCACUGUACAUAAAAUGUUAAAAU